ACUCACUCACUCCUGCACCUGUUUCUCUUGCACCUGCCAAGCAGCUGCUCCUACCCGGCUCUCCUGGCCUGAGCCUUGCCUGGCGUGGCCCCCUGGAGGCACCCCCACCUCCCCCAGUCACCCUCCCUGGCAGCUCCUACACUCAGCUCCUUCUCUAAGGUCUCGCCUCCAGCCCGGAGCAGUCGGAUUACAGAAAGCCCACCCUCAGCUCAGGAGCGCCAUGACGGAAGUUGGUUGGUGGAAGCUGACGUUCCUCAGGAAAAAGAAAUCCACCCCCAGGGUGCUGUAUGAGAUCCCUGACACCUACGCCCAAACCGAGGGCGGCGCGGAGCCCCCGAGGCCUGACGAGGAGGGCCCCAACAGUAGCUUUAACACGCGCCUGGAGAAGAUUGUGGACAAGAACACCAAGGGCAAGCAUGUCAAAGUCUCCCACUCGGGCCGCUUCAAGGAGAAGAGCAAAGUCCGAGCCACACUGGCAGAGAACCCCAACCUCUUUGAAGACAGGGAGGGCAAAGGACAGUGAAGGGGGCCAAGGAGGGUGCUAGCGCCUCCCCACUCCCUGCCGUCAGCCGGAUCUGAGACAGGAGCGCCACGCUGGCUUCUUUGGCCACAGCUGAAGCCGUGGAGGCAGUCGCCUGCUGGCAGGAAAUGUCUGGUUUUAGGCUUGUAUUUAUGUGCCCCUGCUUUCGG